AAACAAACCAUAUCAGACGGCCGGAGAACUACGACUACGCUUCUGAUCGCACUCGCAGAAAUCUACCUACCAUAUUCUGAUUCGUUUUCCUGCCUACUAUCAACCUCAGCACCGCUUCGAACUCUUGAGACCUGAACUAACCAAGAACAUCACAUCAUGACAUGGUUGAUCAGUCCUCGACGAACUCGGCUCGUAUGAAGCUGGACCAUCGGCCUCAAUAGAUCAGCUUCAAGACGAAUCGAUAACUAUCCAAUCCGCAUACCUCAUUUCGCCCGGUGAGUGGCAUAGCCCGAGGCUUCACGCCCUCCCCUGAAGACGUGUCACUAUAAUAAAAGGGGUCCUGGGCAGGGAUUCUGGGUUGAUGGUCUUAUCCCUGAGGGCAUUCACGUGCUACUAUCUGGCCGUCCGUAAGCUUGACGGCUCUGGUAUAAAAAGGCGGCUUUCUCCUUGUUCUGGGACACUUUUUGAUCGCCGUUCUCACCAUCAAUCUUGUCAAACACAACCGAACCACAUGAUGAGUGGCCGGCACUACUCUGAACACAGAAGGCCUGGUAAAGGAUACCUAUCAGGCGGCCGGUCAGCGAUUGCAAAGAAAACCUGCCGCCCAAGAGCAUGCGAUGAAUGCCGUAAAUCGAAAACCAAAUGCAGCAUGACUGGGCCAUGUGAGACCUGUCAGCGGCGGAUGGUCGAGUGCUCUCUUCCAACAAAUUACCAAAAAGUAGACGAGUCUUCGAAUUCCGCGCAGAGCUCAACUUCGUGUGGGGGGGUCAACUAUUCCGAAAGCGCAAUGAAUCCAAUGUUCUCAGGCCACUUGAGACGGGUAUCGGCAAUGACCAAUGAAUACAUUGCACCUAUCACAGCUCCAGGGAGAAACGAUAUGCUGCAACCAGAAUUCAAGCCUAAACCUCGAAUGGCCCAUUGGGUAGUCUACGAACGAUUCGACUCAGGCAAAUUGGUUUACAGCGGUCUGGGGGAAUCCUGUUGUGUCUCCCUCGAUUGUGUGCGUGGUCUCGAUAAGAUGAUGCUUCGAGCUAUGGAGCAACACCAAUGUCUGCUUUCCGACCGUGGUUAUUAUGGGGAGUACUCAAAUGCCCUGACGAUGUUGUCCCGAGACAUAGUGAUUCGAAUUUACUAUGUGGCUUACUUAGAUUUUCGCCCUCCCAAUCCUUUUAAGCAUUUGGUAAACUGGAAUAUGGUUUACAAAGUCGAUCGAAGUCGUAUUUACUGUUGUACUCAAUCAGCGGUACUUAGAAUGGAUCCUUCCGUUCACUUAAUCGACACCGAGUAGAAAGAUGAGAAACCAAAUAACGUGGAUAUGGCAUUGAAAAUCUCCCCUUGACGUACCGUUAAAUGUGUGGCUCCAACGUGACACUGCUCGCAGAAAAUGGCAGAACGCUUUUAAAACCCUACAACAUAGAUAUCUCCUGCUCGAUCGACGUCGGCUAUA